GCCCCUCUGUCCCUCUGUCCCUCUGCCCCUCUGCCCCUCUGCCCCUCUGCCCCUCUGCCCCUCUGUCCCUCUGCCCCUCUGCCCCUCCGCCCCCUCCCCUGUCCCCUCCGCCAUGGCGUCCAGCGCGGUGCCCAGUGACGACUUGCCCACGUACAAGCUGGUGGUGGUGGGUGACGGGGGCGUGGGUAAGAGCGCUCUCACCAUCCAGUUCUUCCAGAAAAUCUUUGUCCCCGACUACGACCCGACGAUCGAAGACUCGUACCUGAAGCACACGGAGAUCGACGGGCAGUGGGCCAUUUUAGACGUUCUGGACACGGCGGGUCAGGAGGAGUUCAGUGCGAUGAGGGAGCAGUACAUGAGGACGGGGGACGGGUUCCUCAUCGUCUUCUCCGUCACAGACAAAGCCAGUUUUGAACAUGUGGAUCGAUUUCACCAGCUCAUCCUGAGAGUCAAGGACCGGGAGGCGUUCCCGAUGGUUCUUGUUGCAAACAAAGUGGACCUGGUUCAUCUGAGGAAAGUGUCGUCAGAUCAGGGCCAGGAGAUGGCGGCAAAGCACAACAUCACGUACAUCGAGACCAGCGCCAAGGACCCGCCCAUGAACGUGGACAAGGCGUUUCACGAGCUCGUCCGGGUCAUCAGGCAACAGGUCCCAGAGCGACACCUGAAGAAGAAGAAGAAGAUGAAGUGGCGAGCAGAGAGGAGCGCAGCGCACCGCCACCGAAGACUCACCUGUGCCCUCCUGUGACCUCAGAGAGAACUGCACCCACGCCACAGACUGU